AUGGCACGGCGUGUGGCCGCUGUCACCCUCUUGCUCUUGGCCAAGACCUGGGCUGAGCUUGAAAGUCUUCCGGAGGACUGUGAGGACUCGGAGUGCUCACUGUCACUGCGCCAGCUGAGGGGUGAGCAAACCCUGGCCGCCAUCGCAGAACACCGGGAGCGUGAGGAUCCCUUUGAUGAGCCUGCAGACAUCGACUCCGAAGAAGCUGAGUCAAAGCCCACGAGGCCAAGAGAGCCUGUGGCGGAUAGGUGGGGCAACAUGACGCAGGAAGCUUGGGAAGAGAAGCAGGGCGGCAUGUGCUGCUUCUCAGGAGACGACCCCAGCAAUGUUUGUGGCACCUGCUUUCCAUCGUCCGUGGCCUCUUACAAGAACUCCUGUUCCAGGAAGAGCACCUGCGGAUCGUGCGGCGGGUCAUGGUGCGAACCCAAAUGCGUCAUGGGGGCAGCAGAUCCAAACAACAAGUGUGGAACUGCAUUUGAGACGGGCACCGCCAAGAGUGAUACCUAUUGCGGCAAGUCAGCCAAGAAUUGUGCAUCUUGCAAUGGAGAAUGGUGCAAGCGCGGCAUCACCAAGCAAACGCCCAAAGUCGAGGGCAAGCCUAGCCCUGUGAAUGCCGUCUCGAGUGCUUCGGGCUUCUGCUGCUACCGGGGUGACGGUCUUGCCAAGAACAUGUGUGGCGGAUGCGCAGAUAUCUCGCAAGAUGCCGCUUGCACCAGCGUGGGAGGCUGCAGCAGUUGUGGUGGCACCUGGUGCCCUGGACCGAGGUGCAUCAAAGCCUCCAAGGAUAAGGCAGAUCCCUGUAACACGGCUUUCGGUCCGGACUCUGUGGCAUCUGAGCAGGACUACUGCUCCAAGUCCGAGGAGCACUGUGGCUCCUGCCACGGAGCUUGGUGUGCCGCCUACAACAUCUCUUUUGUGACGGGUGAGAAGUUUGACCCUAGCAAGCCCCUGAAGAUGCCUGGGGAUGACGAAGAGGACGAGGACGUGGAUGAUGUGGAGGAAGUUGCUGACCCAGGAUCCGCUGAGACUAUUUCGGAACUCUUCCCAGACGGCCUGCCCCACAAGAAGGCCUAG